GUCCUUGCCCACAGUCAGUAUCAGAAGUCCAAAAGAAUUUCCAUCUUUCUGAGCAUGCAAGAUGAAAUCGAGACAGAAGAGAUCAUCAAGGACAUUUUCCAACAGGGCAAAACCUGUUUCAUCCCUCGGUACCAGUUCCAGAGUAAUCACAUGGAUAUGGUGAAGUUAGCUUCGCCCGAUGAAAUUUCUUCACUUCCUAAAACAUCCUGGAAUAUUCAUCAGCCUGGUGAGGGUGAUGUUCGUGAGGAGGCUUUGUCAACAGGGGGACUUGAUCUCAUCUUCAUGCCAGGCCUGGGAUUUGACAAGCAUGGCAACCGGCUGGGCCGGGGCCGGGGCUAUUACGACACCUACCUGCAGCGUUGCCUGCAGCUGCCGGGCCCAAAGCCCUACACCGUCGCCCUGGCCUUCAAGGAGCAGCUGUGCCACCAGAUCCCAGUGGGCGAGCACGAUGUGAGGGUGGACGAAGUCCUCUGUGAAGACCUCUGUGAAGCGGAGGACAAACUCCUCUGUGAAGCACCUUGAGCCCAGAUGACCACGCUGAGUAAUCAGGGUGAAGAAAAUGUGUACUUUCCCUUGUCAAAGUUAAUUGAAGUUGCUCAUUAAAGUGAACACAGACUGCA